AUGAAUGAAAAUAAUAGUAUUGACAAGAAGCACUUUGUGCUGGACAACCGGCACAAGGUCACCGCCCUAGACCUCGCUGGCUGUGGGGUCCACCCGAGCCAGCUCCACCAGAUUUCCUCCUUUUCCGACUACGCCCGACCACUUAUGGACUUUCUCUCGGCUCUCCUGGACGACGAGCGGGUCGUUUUGGUGGGCCAUAGUUACGGCAGAAUCUCGAUUUCUGAGGCCGCCGAUACUUUCCCUGGGAAAGUAUCGUUGGCCGUGUUCGUCACGGCUUACAUGCCUAAUUGCACGGACCCGCCUGGCGAUUUUUUUGUGAAGAGGACCUCGGACGAGAUGUCGUUUAUGGAUUGCGACGAAAAUGCUGUUGAGACCGAGUUUGUUCUUCGUGAAGGAUUUGAGCAAGCCGGUUUGCUGUCCCAAGAGAGGUACGGUAAAAUCAAACGUUGUUAUGUAAUAUGUGAGGAAGAUGAUGCCUCGAGUGUGGAGUUUCAAAGGCACAAUAUCGAGGAAAACCUGCCAGAUGUCGUAAUGUCCAUAGCCGAGGCUGGCCAUAUGGUCAUGCUCACGAGGCCUCAAGAGCUCUGCCAUUUCUUGCUGGACGAAAAUACUGUUGAGACCGAGUUUAUUUUUCGCGAAGGAUUUGAGCAAGCCGGGUUUGCUAAGAGGCACAAUAUCGAGGAAAACCCGCCAGAUGUCGUAAUGUCCAUAGCCGAGGAUGGCCAUAUGGUCCUGCUUACGAGGCCUCAAGAGCUCUGCCAUUGCUUGCUA